AUGUUGACUGCAAAGAUUUGCACAUCCGCUGCUGUGCUACACCUGCUCUGUGCUGUUCUGAUGAUCUUUACCGACUCACGCUCGCGGUGGGGCUUCCGGAAUCUCGAGCCUCCACCACCAGAUCCGACGCAGAUCGCCCUCGGAGCCAUCGGCAUCAAUGCGAAACUCCAGGCCAAAGUCGUGGCCACGCGGCAGAAGCUUGCUGCCGCCGAUCGCCAGGUUGCUACAGGUUUUGCCGUGCUGGCAUACCUUGCGCAGGUCGGAGUCCUGGUCAUCGUCGCAACGGCUCCAGUCCAGCAUGUCCUUCACUUGUGGUUACAGUAUCUACAGUUCGAGUUUGCGGGCAUCAAUGUCGAGUUCUUUCUUGAGCAGUGGAUAUUCGAGGCUUUCACAUCUGAGCUUAUGCUGCUCCUUUGGCAUGGCAACUCGGCGCUCGCGACUGGUGCUUCCCGCAUGCUGUUCUUCAGCUACGUGUCGCCCAUGGCACUGCUUUGGUCCUCCGAGCUGCCAACCCUCAGUCUACAGGAGUGCCUUUUCGUGGCCGUGGUAGCUUGGCGCUGCCUUUUGGAGUUUCAUGUUUUUUUUCCCAGGGGUUCUAUGCUGGGUCGUGCUUUGGGAUGA